UAAUGUCCUAGUGUACUUAGCGCCUCGGCAGCACGUGCACGUGCGCGUGGGGCACGCUCUGGCCCGCGGCGAUUCCGUCCUGCACGGCCACGUUCGCGCCCGUCGCGCCGUACUCCUCCGUGAUCAUCGCGUGGACCCGCCGCGCGGCGCGCCAGAGGUCUCUAUGCAACUCCUCGUCCAUCUCGCCGAGCGUCGGCACGACGGCCUUGGGCACGACAAGCACGUGGCCCUCGACCAGCGGCUUGAGGUUGACGAGGGCCCGGCAGGUCCCGGACUCGAAGAAGACCUGCGACGCGUCGACCGCGAACGGGCCGAACGUCACGUCGGCGGGCUCCGGGAACGGCUCGCCCCGCCGCCGGUAGCGCGCCGCCUCCGCGGCCAUGUCCUCGGCGCUCCGCGGUUUGCGCGCGGCGUCGUCGGGCACGUCGAGCGUCACCGGCGCGCCGCACGCGUCGAGCGGCGUCCAGCCGUCGAUGAGGCCGUAGAUCUCGUCGUUGUUCGCGAGGUCGCCCUUCACGCGCGGCACGACGUGCGCGUGGACGUGGGCCACGGGCUGGCCCGCGGACGUUCCGUCCUUGAGGGCCACGUUGAAGGCGUCCGCCGCUGGUGUGAGUUGCUGCGCGCGCCGGAUCGCUACCGCUAAAUCAUCACCCUCCUCCUCCGUGAGGUCGGCGUAGCGCUCGACGGGCCGCUUCGGCGCCACGACGACGUGGCCCGGCAGCACGGGCCGCAGGUCCCGGACGACGACGGAUAGCGGCGUCUCGAGCGCGAUUUGCGCCGGCCGCAGCGCGACGGGGCCCAGGCGAAGCGCGUGUGACGCGGCGGCCAUCGUCGCCAGGCGGCGCAUCAAAUUUUCUUCGUCCUGCGCUUUUUGCAGCAGUGCGGCUCUCGCCGCGACUACGUCUCGCUGCGACGACGUAUCGCUGCGACGACGUAUCGCUGCGACGCGUAUGGCCUUUUGUUGCAGUGCAGUGCGCACUCCGUCGGAGACCUCCGCAGCUUUUUCAGCUUUUUCCUGCCAGAUCGCUUGAUGCGUAAUCUGUAGAUUUUCUCGAGAGUCCAAGCACCACCGAACGAGCCUGUUGUGUGUGCAGCUAAUGCAAAGACCAGGGCAUCUCUCCAAAAG